GAACGAGAUAAAGAUUCAAAUCCGAUUAGAAUGCAAUCUCGGAAUUCGCAAUCAAGGAUAGUAGUUGGUUAUCCGUUAUCCUUCUUAUUUGCGAAUAUUUAAUUUAUUGACAAGUUGUGUAUAGUUUUAAAGAACAGUUGACGCUAUAAUGAAUUGUAAAAUUGUUUUAAUCUGGUUUGCGUGUUAUAUUUGCAGUGUAAAUCUACAAAAACCGAGUGAGAGUGCCUUUGUUUCUCCUAUUUUGCAAACCAAUCGAAGAGGUCCAAAUUGGAUUACUCAUAAGGGAAAAACAUAUUAUAUCAAUAAUGUGUUUAGGACAAACUUCUAUCGCGCAUUACAAUUUUGUAGACAACAAGGAAUGCAUCUUUUAAGUUUAAAAAAUCAAGAAGAGAGUGAUCUGAUCAAAAAUCAUAUUGAAGCAAACGCUGGAUUUAAACACAGGGGCUAUUUUACAUCCGGAGUAAACCUAGUAGGUGAUGACCAAUGGAUCUGGCUAUCUACAGGUCUGGAUGUAACAUAUACUAACUGGUAUCCAGGUGAACCAAGCGGAAGAAGUGGAUCCAAUGUUACAGAAAACUGUAUGGAAAUUCGAGAAUGGGGUGGCUUUACUUGGAACGAUUUAAAUUGUCUAUUAGAAGCUUAUUUUAUUUGUGAAAGUGCUAGAGAGUGUCAAAGAGUAUGAUACUCAUGGUUGAAUAUUAGUUAUAAUGUUUUGAUAUGGAUUAAAUAAUUUUUGUAUGCAAUUAUUGUUUUUAACUGUGAGGAGAUAUGUAUGGAAGAGAUACAAAUUUGCUAAAGCAGUCAAAACUAUACUAUUAGAUCAGUAAACAGAAAUACUUAAUAAAUAGAGAUAAAAUAUA